AUGCAGAGCCGCUGGGGAACUGGCCCAGCAGAAGGAAGGAGUAUGGAGUUAAAGACUGCGGUGUGAACUGACGAAUCCUGGACAGGCUGCUUGCUGCAGGGGACCCAGUCCAGAUCCCAGGAGAGCCCCUCUGCCCCUUCGGACCUCAUCUCCCAUCUACAAUACGUGAAGAUUGGCCCAGUUGACGUGUCUCUACAAAAAGGUGCAUAUACCACUGCCCCACUGCAGGCUGAUCUGGGGAAGCCUCUGGACCAGGGCAGAUACCGCCAUGGCCUUCCUGAUGCACCUGCUGGUCUGCAUCUUCGGGAUGGGCUCCUGGGUGACCAUCAAUGGGCUCUGGGUAGAGCUGCCCCUGCUGGUGAUGGAGCUGCCCGAGGGCUGGUACCUGCCCUCCUACCUCACAGUGGUCAUCCAGCUGGCCAACAUAGGGCCCCUCCUGGUCACCCUGCUCCAUCGCUUCCGGCCCAGCUGCCUUUCCGAAGUGCCCAUCAUCUUCACCCUGCUGGGCGUGGGAACCGUCACCUGCAUCAUCUUUGCCUUCCUCUGGAAUAUGACCUCCUGGGUGCUGGAUGGCCACCACAGCAUCGCCUUCUUGGUCCUCACCUUCUUCCUGGCCCUGGUGGACUGCACCUCUUCGGUGACCUUCCUGCCGUUCAUGAGCCGGCUGCCCACCUACUACCUCACCACCUUCUUUGUGGGUGAAGGACUCAGUGGCCUCUUGCCUGCCCUGGUGGCCCUUGCCCAGGGCUCGGGUCUCACUACCUGCGUCAAUGUCACUGAGCUAUCAGACAGCUUACCAAGCCCUGUACCCACGGGGGAGACUGACAUCGCACAGGGAGUUCCCAGAGCUUUGGUGUCUGCCCUCCCCGGAAUGGAAGCACCCCUGUCCCACCUGGAGAGCCGCUACCUCCCCGCCCACUUCUCACCCCUAGUCUUCUUCCUCCUGCUAUCCAUCAUGAUGGCCUGCUGCCUCGUGGCGUUCUUUGUCCUCCAGCGUCAACCCAGGUGCUGGGAGGCUUCCGUGGAAGACCUCCUCAACAACCAGGUCACCCUCCACUCCAUCCGGCCACGGGAAGAGAAUGACUUGGGCCCUGCAGGCACAGUGGACAGCAGCCAGGACCAGGGGCAUCUAGAGGAGAAAGCAGCCCCCUGCUGCCCGGCCCACCUGGCCUUCAUCUAUACCCUGGUAGCCUUCGUCAACGCGCUCACCAACGGCGUGCUGCCCUCUGUGCAGACCUACUCCUGCCUGUCCUAUGGGCCAGUUGCCUACCACCUGGCCGCCACCCUCAGCAUUGUAGCCAACCCUCUUGCCUCACUGGUCUCCAUGUUCCUGCCUAACAGGUCUCUGCUGUUCCUGGGGGUCCUCUCCAUGCUUGGGACCUGCUUUGGGGGCUACAACAUGGCCAUGGCGGUGAUGAGCCCCUGCCCCCUCUUGCAGGGCCACUGGGGUGGGGAAGUCCUCAUCGUGGCCUCGUGGGUGCUUUUCAGCGGCUGCCUCAGUUACGUCAAGGUGAUGCUGGGCGUGAUCCUGCGCGACCUCAGCCGCAGCGCCCUCUUGUGGUGCGGGGCGGCGGUGCAGCUGGGCUCGCUGCUCGGAGCGCUGCUCAUGUUCCCUCUGGUCAACGUGCUGCGGCUCUUCUCGUCAGCUGACUUCUGCAAUCUGCACUGUCCCGCCUAGGCAGGCCACCAACCCCGCCCCCAUCGCUAACGGACGGAACUGGGGUCCAGAGAGGCAAGGUCACAGAGCAAGUGGCAGGAACAGAGAGACAGAGCCUGAGUAAUUGAAUUAUGAACGCAAGUGCCCACUAGGGACUGUGGGGAAGAUGGGACCUGGAAAUGCAAGGUGCAGCUCUAUCCCCAACUCUGUGUCACAGUACCUGUGACUACCAGUUCAGAUCUCCUUUGCUUUGACUCUCAAGAGAGGACUGAUUUGCAGCAUCUAGCUGGAGGCAGGCCCAAGGGUGUUAGAAGGGAAACAGCUGGGAGGGCGAGCUGUCCCUUCAGGCUGUGUGACCUUGGGAAAGUCACUUGGCUUCUCUGUGCCUGUUUCUUCAUGCAUGCAAUGGGGAUUACAGUAAGUACCAACUACCUCACAGGCAUGGCACGGAGACAAAAGGAAAAAGCAGCCGGCAUCAAGCAAGCCCUCCUGGGCCACCUGCUGAUCUGACAGUCCAUCGUAGUAACAAGAGUGGCAGUCUGCACAACCUAGAAGUGGCCAGAAGGGCUGAGACAGGCCCCUGCCCUCUCUCCUUUGCCCCUCAGUCUCACAGAGGGGCUUCUACAAGACAAGCAGCUAGCAGUAGAAUCUUGGGCUUGGCUUUCGGAUUCUCAGUGUGGAGGGACAUAGUACCCUACACACCCCUUCCUGUCAUCCUUCCUGGCCCAUAAAGCCCACUGUUGGAGAGUAAGUACCCUCCUGGAAGCAGGGAGAGAUGAUUUGCCGGUGGAGCUAGGGAAGGCCCAUCCCUGAGCCUCUGAAAGUGAACUCACCGACCAGGUUGGGGACCAGACAUGCAGAGCCCCUGGAAGUAUUCUCUCAAAUGGAGGCGGCAGAGGUGAUUGUUAUUUUGUUUUAGUUUUUGUUUUUCAUUUUUUUAAAUAAAGGCAUUCCCUGCUUUUACA